ACAGACUUCGGCAGCUUAACUCUACUCUUUUCUCAGCAUGUUGCGGGACUGCAAAUCAGGACGCCAGAGGGAGACUGGAAGUAUGUCAAGCCCGUCGAGGGCGGCAUUACAUGCAAUGCUGCAGAUACCUUGACUUUCCUCACAAACGGAUUCAUCAAGUCAACUAUUCAUCGUGUAGUAAAGCCACCCAAGGAUCAGAUUGACAUUCCCCGGCUGGGACUUCUGUACUUCAGCCGUCCGGGUGAUCAUGCGCCAAUGAGGACGUUGCCAUCUCCUCUUCUAGAUCGGCUUAGUCUGAUCAGAGAUGAAGACAGGGACUUGAGCAGACCAGUUCCGUCUGGGACCGAGUACGUGCGGGCAAGAGUGAAAGACGUGCACCACAAGAAGGUGCUUGAUAAACGCGAAGGAACAUCGUUCCAGUACAAGGGGCUCGAAGUCAAGAAUCACUAUGAGUAAGGUGCAAUUAGCUUUGCAAAACCAGGUCCUCACUGGAGUCAACACUUUUGUUCAACAACUCGAUUUCUUCCCAUACUCAUGGCGACCUCUUUCUUUCGAAAGUGAACCAGGCGUUUCCAACAAGUAGCUUAUCUUACUCCAUGAAGUACCGAUUAAUGUUCGAUCUUGAAACGUUGGAAACAUGAACGGCUAUCCCAUCUCCGUCGCCACGUCCAUCGGCACUACACCCGUCUCCAACCUUUCUCUAAUCUUUCUCCAUUUCGAGAUUAUUCACACCUAGGCGGAUAUAAGGGAAAUAAGGCCGUAUUAUCAGAUUAUGUGCUAUUCCCCCUAUUAAAGUUGGUAUCUAUAUACCGACGCUAUCUAGCAGUUGAUCGAAUAGGGUGAUAGAAAUGAAAUGAGGUCG